UUUCAUCGGCAGCCUGGCGGGCAUCGAUAAUAAAUCGACGUUUCUCCAGCUCUAACAACGUGCCGCUGCCUGCUGUCUGCUUGGAAAUUGAUUGUUUUAAACGACUUUAACUUGAAAACGGCAAAUACUAUCACAUAAAUAUGCAACCGCAAAUUGUGCUCCUGAAGGAAGGUACGGACACGUCGCAGGGCAAGCCCCAGCUGGUGUCCAACAUCAAUGCCUGCCAGAUGAUUGUGGAUGCCGUGCGGACCACUCUGGGUCCCCGGGGUAUGGACAAGCUAAUUGUCAAUGCCCAGGGCAAGGCGACCAUCUCGAAUGAUGGCGCCACCAUCAUGAAGCUCCUGGAGAUUAUCCAUCCGGCCGCCAAGACCCUCGUCGACAUAGCCAAGUCACAAGACGCCGAGGUGGGUGAUGGUACCACUUCGGUGGUGUUGCUGGCCGGUGAGUUCCUCAAGCAGGUGAAACCGUUCGUUGAGGAGGGUGUCCAUGCGCGCAUCAUUAUCAAGGCCAUCCGAAAGUCUCUGCAACUGUGCAUGGACAAAAUCAACGAAAUGGCCGUGCGCAUUGAGAAGCAGUCGAAGGAGGAACAGCGUACUCUGCUGGAGAAAUGCGCUGCCACAGCCAUGUCUUCCAAGCUGAUCCAUCAGCAGAAGGAUUUCUUUGCCCGCAUCGUUGUGGAUGCUGUGCUCUCGCUGGAUGAGCUGCUGCCACUGAACAUGAUUGGCAUCAAGAAGGUCACCGGCGGUUCGCUGGAGGAGUCCCAACUGGUCUCUGGCGUGGCCUUCAAGAAGACCUUCUCAUAUGCCGGCUUUGAGAUGGCCCCCAAGUCGUAUGCGCCCUGCAAGAUUGCCUUGCUGAACAUCGAACUGGAGCUGAAGGCAGAGCGCGACAAUGCCGAGGUUCGUGUGGACAAUGUCCGCGAGUAUCAGAAGAUCGUUGAUGCCGAAUGGCAGAUUCUGUACAACAAAUUGGCCAAAAUUGUCGAGUCCGGUGCCAAUGUGGUGCUGUCCAAGCUGGCCAUUGGCGAUGUGGCCACACAGUAUUUCGCAGAUCGCGACAUUUUCUGCGCUGGUCGUGUCCCCGAAGAGGAUCUCAAGCGCACAAUGAAGGCCUGCGGCGGUGCUGUGAUGACCACAGCCAAUGACAUCAAGGCCGAUGUCCUCGGUCUCUGCGAGACCUUUAAGGAGGUUCAGGUGGGCGGUGAGCGCUUCAAUUUGUUCCAGGGUUGUCCCAAUGCCAAGACAAGCACAUUGAUCCUGCGCGGCGGUGCCGAGCAGUUCCUCGAGGAGACUGAACGUUCGCUGCACGAUGCCAUUAUGAUUGUGCGUCGCACCAUCAAACACGAUUCGGUUGUGGCUGGCGGUGGUGCCAUUGAAAUGGAACUCUCCCGGCUGCUGCGCGACUACUCGCGUACAAUUGCUGGCAAGGAGCAGCUGCUGAUUGCAGCCAUUGCCAAGGGACUGGAGAUCAUACCGCGCCAAUUGUGCGACAAUGCCGGCUUCGAUGCCACCAACAUUCUGAACAAGCUGCGCCAGAAGCACUCUCUUGGUGGUCAGUGGUAUGGCGUUGACAUUACCAAGGAAGACAUCUCGGACAACUUUGAGCAGUGCGUGUGGGAGCCAUCGAUUAUCAAGAUCAAUGCCUUGACUGCUGCCGCCGAAGCCGCCUGCAUGAUUCUUUCCGUGGACGAGACAAUAAAGAGCCCCAAGGCCGGCGAAGCUCCAAUGGCGGGUGGUAUGGGCCGCGGCAUGGGCAGGCCCAUGUAAAUCAAGCAAGGAACACAAUAGUACACGAACACUAAUCAUCCUCACAUUCACUUGCAUUUCUCUCCUAAUUUAACACGUACACGUAUUACUCGGUCAUAGUUCGCAUUGGCAUAUGCAGGCUUUUCGCGUUGCACCCCUCAACAGCUAAAUUAAUCAACUGACCUCUCUGUAUAUGUUUAAUAAUAAAACAAAAUUAAAACCUA